AUGGCCACCGGACGUGUCUGCCAUGAGCUCCGUACAACAUCCGCGGACAUCGGCAAUAUUAACUACAAUGCCAUCCCCAAAACUCACCCAGCCAGGUACCGCAAUGCCUCUAAUGACAGGGGAGAGCUCCGAUCCGAACCUGGAGACACAUGCUCCGGACAGCGGCCAGACACAGCACCUGCGACCUGUACACCAG